UUUCAGUAAAAUUUCGCAGCUUCAAGCCGUCGGACGGAGUGUGGAGUAAUAGUGUGGUGCACUUACAGGUCGAUCGGUCCGGUGGAGCCCAAAAUGUAAAAUGUCGUAAAGGUGACAAGCGGGCGUGCGACUGUGUCUCUCUGUUUCUUUUUUUGUUAUUGUGUAUGUACGUUGUAAUUGCAAGUAAAGGACCUCAACGAAGUUUCACAGCGAGAUACAUAACAAGGCAGAGAGAAAGAAAGAAAGGGCCAGUAGUGGACAUUGUUCAACUACGCAAAGCGAAAGAGACAACAACAAUUGCAACAAUAACAGCAAUAACAACAACAACAACAGCCGCAAAGGGAAAGCUUCAACGGCUCUUGGCACUUUGGCUUGGCCUCGCUAACUGUCGCGCAUGUCGUCGUCGUUGUUGGGGUCGUUUACGGCUAGGUGAAGGUGAAGGAUAAGCAGAAGCAGAAGCAAAAGAAAAAGCUAAAGAAGCAAUUGCAACAACAUAAACAAUAAGAACAUCAACAACAACAUCAUCAUCAUCAUCAUCAUAAUCGUAACUGGGAUGUUGCUAAGGGCGCUGCUCUUGAAAUAUAAAACUACCUCCAUUAAUUGUUUAAUAAUAUAAAACCAAACAAAAAGCAACAAGCAAGCAAAGCGCACAAGGAGAAUAAUAAUAAGAAGAAUUCAUAUUAAAUUCAUACAAAAAAAAAAACAAAAGAAUCAUAUAAAGUGAAUGUGAGACAAAACAACGAAUCAACAAACAGCAAUAAUAUUUAUAAUGAUAAUAGAGUUAACAAUAAAUUAAAAUUAGCGACAUUUAAAAUUAUUAAUAAGCAUAUAUAUAUAACUCUAUACAAAUAUUGAGCCGCUCUGCCAUUGCAACUGUGCUACAAAUCAAAAUUUAAUCACAACACUUCCAACCUAAGCAGAGCAGCGACUGCGGCAAAGCAGAGCAGAGCAGCAGCAGCAGCAGCAGCAUCAGCAGAAGUGGCAGUAGCAGCGGAUCCCCCUUUGGGUGUCGUGUCGUGUCGACGGCGGCGUCGUCGUAGCCGUAGCCGUGACUGACAACAACAACGGACUGACCUGUUGUUGUCCGUUCGUGGGUCAGUUGUGUGUUGUUGCUUUCACAUUGCGCCUUGCCCGCGCCAAUAUGGCGUGCCUUAAUACACUAAAGCAAGAAAUCAAAACACUGGAGAAAAUCUUUCCGAAGAAUCACGAACGCUUUCAGAUACUCAAUUCCAGCGUGGAUGAACUCUUGUGCAGGUUUAUCGAUAAGAAUGGCAAACGCUACGAUAUACAUGCAAACAUAACGGAAACGUAUCCAUCAUCGCCGCCAGUUUGGUUUGCCGAAAGCGAAGAGACGAGCGUUACAAAUGCCGUACAAAUUCUCAGCAACACAAAUGGCCGUGAUAAUCACGUGAUUAAUCAGGUUGGCAUAUUGCUGCGUGAGCUAUGCCGUUUACACAAUGUUCCACUGCCACCCGAUAUUGAUAACUUAGCACUGCCGCUGCAAACUCCGCCACCUUCAGCUUCGCCAUUGCGCUUGGAGCGUUGUGCUGGCGGCGGUAUGGGCGGUGUGGGUGGUGCGCCGGGACCGCAUGGGAAUGAUGAGACGGAUUCCGAUCAGGAUGAGAUUGAAGAUCCCAUUGGUGAGAGUGAACAGGAGAGUGAAGGCGAUGAGGAUUUGCCACUGGAAAUGGAUGAUGUACGAAGUACAAAUAAAAAAGAUGACAUGGAAGUGGAACAUUUAGCGACUUUAGAAAGACUGCGUCAAAGUCAAAGACAAGACUAUUUAAAAGGUUCAGUUUCUGGUUCAGUGCAGGCAACAGAUCGUCUGAUGAAGGAACUACGUGAUAUAUACCGCUCGGAUGCGUUCAAAAACAACAUGUACUCGAUUGAGCUAGUUAAUGAUUCAAUCUACGAGUGGAAUAUACGUCUCAAAUCUGUGGAUCCGGACAGUCCACUGCAUAGCGAUCUGUUGCAGCUCAAGGAAAAAGAGGGCAAGGACAGCAUACUGCUCAACAUACUGUUCAAGGAGACGCAUCCAUUCGAGCCGCCCUUUGUCCGUGUUGUGCAUCCAAUCAUUUCAGGUGGCUAUGUGCUCAUCGGUGGUGCCAUUUGCAUGGAGCUGCUCACCAAACAAGGCUGGAGCUCUGCCUACACAGUCGAGGCGGUAAUUAUGCAAAUUGCCGCCACUCUGGUCAAGGGCAAGGCGCGCAUACAGUUCGGUGCUACCAAGGCGCUCACUCAAGGACAGUAUAGCUUGGCAAGAGCUCAGCAAAGCUUCAAAUCGCUAGUGCAAAUACACGAGAAGAAUGGUUGGUUCACGCCACCCAAGGAGGAUGGCUAAGGUUUGUUCUGCCGGCUGGUAGGAUGCGCUAGACUCUGACGUUUGCCAAAUGUCACACUCGCUACUCCGCACGCCCACGACUACGCCCACUCCCGCACCACCAUCCAACAACAGCAACAUGAAAAACACACCAUUGCACUCUCAACCUCAAGACCCAGUCGCUGCCAAUCAAAACUGACACAUGCAACAUUCAACAAGCAACAAGCAUCAACAGCAGGAGACAAAUAAGUAACAGCAGCUAAAAUUGCCCGCCAUCAAAUAUCAUCAGUCUCUCUUAAUAUAUAUGUAUAUAUAUUUAUAUAUAUAUAUAUAUAUUAUACACAGAUACAAAAAACUGCCUUCGUAAUAGACGUAGAGUCGCUUUAAAGUACGGUACACACACACACACACACACACACACAGAUAUAAACAGACAUAACCCCAAUUGAGAUAUAGACGUUAAAGAAAACGAAAAACUGCCUAGGAUCACAUCCUUUGUAAAUGUAAUUGUGCCCCCAUGUAAGUGUCGUAAAUGUUUUUAUAUAUAAACGUUAAAAUUGUACAGUUGGCAGCCGUAGUUGAAGUUUAAAUGCUAAUUAACAAAGUGUCGAUAGCCAUAAAGAGUAUGAGCGAAAUGUAAAGAAAGUGUCGAUAGCCAUAAGAGUAUGAGCGAAUUGUAAAGGCAAUAUAAGUAUGUAUCUAUAUGUAAUAUAAUAUAAAGUGUAAAAGUAACGGUAAUUGACACGCUCGUGGAUAGUUUGAGCUCCUUUAUAUUUUUGUACUUCGUUUUCUAUUUUAUUUUGAGUUGUAUUUUGAUUUUUGUGUGUUUGUACCUUGGGACAGAAGGCGACGCGCGUUUGAUUAUGAAAGUAAACACAACACACAUCCUCUCACACAUGCAUUCAUGUUUGUAAUUAUCUUAAGUCUCGUAAUA